AUGGUGACGCCGAUCGCGGUGCCCGGCGUGACGCCGGGCUCGAAUUACCCGCUCCCGGGAGGCCGGAGCUCCCCGUCCGGCGGUGGCCACCAUCGUAUCCCGAGCUUCGGCACGUCGGCCACGCCAACGGCCACCACCCCGCCCGGGGCCAGCUCCUACACCCCCGGGCACCCCUCCGGCGCCGGGCCGGACACCUGCAAGACCUUCUGCACCGAUGGCCCGGUGCGGCCCUCCCGCAGAUCCAACUAUUACUACAUCGAGCCGAUGAUCGAUGACAUCAAGGAGCGUGUCCUUGCCGGGCAGAAUUCCAUCGUCACCGGCCCGCGCGGGAGUGGCUGCUCCACAUCGGCCCUGGCGCUGGCGCAUUGGUGGUCUGAACGCGGCCCGGCUCUUGUCAUCACCCUUCCCCAAAGCGGGGGAAAUGCCCUGCUCGGGAGCUACUUCCACCCGCAGGUUCCCUCAUCCUGGUGCUGCUGCGCCCCUCCCGGGCGCCAAGCACAGCUCCGCCAGCAGCACAUCUUCAAGCCCUCCUCGCCCAGUCCGCCCGCCAGUGCUGGCACCCAGCCGCCGGACGGCGACUCUGCGGCCCCGUCGCCGCUGUCGCCCCUGCUGCAUGGCGAGGGGAUGGCCGGGGCGGCGUCCGGCCGUGGCCCCUCCCCCGGGCCACAGGGGCUCGGCGGGGGUCGGCCGGCGGCCGGCCGGGCCCCUCCCUCCGGGUCCGUCGGCGCUUGCACCGCCACCGGGGCCUUUCACGACCCGGCCGUCUUCUGGCAACAGUUGAAUGCCCACAUCUCGGCCUCGAUGCUUCACCUGGCCCCGGGGUCCGUCGCUGCCGGGCUCCACCCGCCGGGCCAGGUGUCGCCCGUCCCCGGGCCCGUGUCCGACCACCCCCUGCACCCACGCCGCCAGGCAUCCUUCCACCAGCAUCUUCACCCGGCGGCGAUUGCCACCAGCACCACCAUGGCCAUGGGCGAUGCCCAUGCCUCUGGGGGCGAUGGGCCGGCCGGGCAGGAGCCGCCCGGGCCGGCAGCCGCGGCUGCGGCCUUCCGCCGUUCGGCCUCCUUCGGUGCCGGGCGGUCAACACCGCCGGGGCUGUCGUUCCCUGGCCCGGCGGCCGGGCCCGGGCCCGGGCCCGGGGCCGGGGCCGGGGCCGGGGCCGGGGCCGGCUUCCCGCCCGGGGCCGCCACGCCGCCCUUUCUCCUGUCGCCGACGUUGCCGGCGGCCGGGGCCGGGCUCGAGGCCAGCCUGGCCUGGUUCAAGGCCAUCUUCGCGGCGGGCGGGCCUCUUGGGGCCAUUUCCGAGUCGCUGGCCACCCCGGGCCCCGGCGACCUGGGCAUGGAGGACGAGCUGUCGCGCUGGCACCGGCCGGAUUGCGAGCAAGGUGGCCAGCCUGCUGGCGGGCGGCCCGGGGCCGGGCCGGGCCCUGGCCCGGAGGGCGGCUCCUCCGGUCUCCGACGGGCGGCAUCGGAUUCCGAGCUGCCGACCCGGCUGCUGGCAGGCGCUCCGGGGGGGCCGCCGCUGGCGUCGCCACGUUGCGCUCGGCGCGGGCCGGCCUGGCGGUCCUUGGACGAUGUCCAGCCCCCGGGGAUGGCCCGGCCGCAGGCGGCCUGCUCCUGUCCCCCGGCCUCGGCUCGGACGCUGCUCAUCAUCGACGGGGUGGAUGCCCUGUCGCGGUGCGCCUCUCCGGCGGUCAUCGAGAGCUUUGCCCGGGCGCUCAGCUCGGCACACUGGUCCGGGGACCCGGGGCAGGUUCUGCGCUCGGUGGUUCUCUUUGGCUCGCCGCGAUCGUGCGCCCGGCUGCUGGCGUGCGACUUGCAGCGGCCGAUCCCGGUUGCCACGGACCCCGGCUCCGGGGGGGCUCCCCCGCCGGUGGCCAGCCCCGUGCCCCGGGGCAAGGUGUGCACCGCGUGCGCCCAGACGCGCCUGGCUCUGCUCCGGGUGUGGCCUCCCGGCUCGCGCGUGCGCCUACGCCUGUGGGGCCCGGAGCAGGUGGCCGCCCUGCUGGAGCAGGUGUCCCACGACCGGGGCUGGACCUUCGGCCGGUCCUCGGCCGAGGCCCUCCCCACGACGAUGCUGUCCUUCCGGUCGGAUGCCGGGCUCCAGCGGGAAGGCCUGUCGGCGCCGGCCCCCGCCGCGGUGGAUGGGGGUGGCGGAGGUGCCCUCCCCGCGGCCGGGCCCCAGCGCCCGCCGGUGCUCGGGCUCCCUGGCGAUGGCGAUGCCAUUGCCGUGGACAUUUGUGCCCGAACUGGUGGCCACCCCGGGCUGGCGGUCACUUGUGUGCAGAUGCUGACGGCUGCCGCGUCGGCCCUGCGUCCGGCCGGCGGCGGGGCCGCCCAGGCUCCGGGCUCGGCCGGGAAUCCCUCGGGGGCGGGCAGCGCCGCGGCGGGCCCGGGAUCGGCCAACGCCCCCGGGGCCGCCGCCGCCGCCGCCGCCGCCGCCGCCGCCGCCGCCGGAAUGGACCCCAGCAGCCCGGGCACCUCCGGCGGCCUCGGGCGAUCGCACAGCGCCGAUGUCCUCCGCCGGGUGGACGCCGCCGGCCGGGCCGCCUCGCCGACGCCCAGCCCGGCGGAUCACCUCCUGUCGCACUCGCGCUCCUCCGGCACGGACCUGACCCUGCUGGAGGCGGGGGAUGCCGGCACCGGGGACGCCUCCUCCCCCUCGACCUCGGGACGGGUGUGCUAUCGGCUCUGGCUGACAACCUCCCUGGGGCUGGCACGCGAGGCGUCCCUCCUGCCCAUUGGCCGGGCGCUGUGCACGGUGGUGCGGAUUCUGGCGCGCACGCCGCCGGGCCGGGUGCCGGACCCCCGUGCCACCGGGGCCACCACCCCGGCCUCGGCCCUGACCCCCGGCCGGCGGCUGGUUCACUCGGCCUCGACCAGCCUCCUGAGCUCGGUACCGCCGCCCUGCGGCGGGGGCCCCGGCAGCACGGUCACCAGCCCCGGGCUCGGGGCGAUGGCCGCCGGGGGCCCCCUGGUCCCGGGGAUCCUGCAGCCCGGCGUGGCGGUCCUCAGCCGGCUGCUGUCCAAUGGCCAGUAUGAAACCCGCACGGCCACCGAUUGGCGCAUCCUCUCGGCCCUGGAGGACGUGGGCCUGGUCCGGCCGGUGGCCCUGUCCGCCGGGCCGCGGCCGAAUGUCAUCUUCGCCCCGUCCGGGCCGUUCACCCUCUCGGUGCUUGGGUGGCUGCUGUUUGGCGGCCAGUCGCCGGAUUUGCCGCUGCCAGACCCGGCACCGGACCUCUUCACCGCGGCCGGCAGCCAGCUGGAUGCCUUGCGCGCGGACUCCGACCUGUCGACGGCCAUCAUCGCGGCCUCCCUGCGCUCGGCCCUGGUGGCCUCGCUCUUUGCCGGGUGUGUGUUCAGCCCGCGUGGGUCCGGGGCCGCGCAGGCCGGUGGCUGCCUCGCGGGGUCUCUGUCCCUGGGGAAUCUCCUGUCCGGUGGGAGCGGGCUCGACUCCCUGAGCCCGGCCAGUCCGCUGUCGCCGCUGAGCCCGGCUGCUGGCACGGCCGGCGGGCAUUCUCCGGCCGCCGGGGCCGGCGGGCGCCUGUCACCGCUCCCGCGUUUGGCCAAGCCGAGCCCCGGCAGCCGCCAUGCCCGGUCGGAGUCGGUGCCCAUCGGCGUCCGGAUGCAGGGCGCCGAUGCUGCAGGCGAGCCGCCCUCCCCGCUGGCCGAGGCGCCGCCCACGAUGAGAUACCUGACGCCGGGGCCCAUCGCCGGCGGGGCCGGUGGCCCCGGCACCGGGCCUGUCUUGCCCCCGGGACAGGGGGCGCCCCUGCUGGCCGGACUGCGGCUGGCCCAUUCGGUGGGCGACCUGGCCCCGACACCCGGGGCCGAGGAUGCCCAUUCGGCCGGCGGCGCCACCACCCCCGACCAGGGGUUCCCCCCCGGGCACCGGGGCCCGCCGAGCCGCUUUCACCUGCGCAUGAGCCCGCCCCUGCCGCUGAACAUCGAGCAUCUGCCCACCCGGUCGGACUUGAGCUGGAUGUCGGCCCCGGCGGCGGCCGGGCUGGCCGCGGCGGCGGUCCUCCGAGCUCGCAGCCAGCGCUGGGCCCAGGGCGGCGCGUCGGCCAACCCGUGCCUCGCGGCGGCCACGGCCCCGCCGUUUGGCGGGCUGACCGAGCGCACCUUCCGCGACGCCUGGUCCUCGACCCCUCCGCCCAUCGGGGUGCCUUCGAUCGUGCGGAUGUUGGUGUCGGCGCCGGAGCACCCGGGGGGGUGGCCGGGCGCCGGCGGCGGCCCCGCCACCGGGCUGCGCCACCCCGGCGCCCCGACGCCCGACCGGCUGGACUUCCCGCCGGGGCCCGGGCGCUCGGCCACCGGCAGCUCCACCGGGCUGGCCGGGCCAUCCGGGCCACCGAGUCCCACUUCCCCGCGCACGGGCACCCCGGCGGCCGCCCCCCGGCCGCUUCCGCUCUCCACGGCGUCGGUCUUCUUCGAGGCCUUCUCCGUGUGCCUCCGGUGGCCGUGGCUCUUGUCCACCCUGGAGUGGACCCGGCCGGGCCCCUCGGAGGCGGCUGACGUGCCGCCGGGGUCCGCCGACCCGGCCGGCCCCCGGUCCGGGGUCUACCUGACCCCGGGGUCCCUCUUCCGCGUGGUGCCCGAGGUGUUUGCCGCGCCGCGCAGCGACACCGGGCUGGACCUCCAGGCCGCGGCCGAUCAGUCCCGCUGGCCGGUCCUGCCGGAUGCAGCCUCCCACGAGGAGGAUCCCCUGUGUGCGCUGUUUGUGGUGGAUCCCGGCAUGACACGCUGUCACCGGAUCAUCUUCUUCACGGCAGACCCCCAGCGACACUUGCGCCUGAUGGCCAACAUCCGGGCGGCCUAUGCGCCCCGGUCAUCGCCCAUCAUCUUCCAAGUGGGCUGCUUCACCUCGCCAUCGCCCUUUUCCGAUGUGCCAGGCUUGCGCCCAUCGGCAAGCCCCUCGCCGGGCCGCGGCCCGGGGCACAUGCGCACCACCUCCCCCGGCCGGUCGCCGCUCGGCACCGAGGCCCCCCUGAGCGCAGAUGAUCGACCGGACGCCCGGCCCGAGGCUCGGCCUCCGGCCCUUUCGACGCCCGAGUCUCGGGCCAUGCCGACCUGCUCGACGCUGGUGGUCGGCGUGCCGACGGUGCCUCGGCCAGCCGACAUGCCGGGGCCCGGGCCAGACCCCCGGGGCCCGGGCCCCGGCAAAUUGCCAUCCUCGGCCUCCGGCAUGGAGCCUGCCGGGGGCUCCCCGGCGGCGGCCGGCAGCGCCACUGCUCCGGCCUCUCGGCCGCCGGUGACCUCCUUCUCGGCUGGAGCCAGCCCGGUGAACCAGAGCACCCGGUCGCUGGGCGGCCUUCCCCCGGCCCCGGGGGCCUCCCCCGCCCUGGGCACCCUGCUGAAGACCGCCUCCGAGCCGGGGAUGCGCUCGGUCAGCAGCAUCCCCCCCUCGCCGAGCCCGGGGUCGGAGCGCUGCCUCACCCCGGACGGCGGGUCCUCGUCGGCCGACAGCGGCAGCCCGGCCACCAAGGCCCAAUACCGGAAUCGCUUCAGCAGCUUGAGCAAGCGCCUGCGGUUGUCCUUCUCGCGGCUGCACAAAUUGUCCUUCGCCUCCGGCGUGGCUGGGGCCCCGGGCGGGCCGACCGCCCCCGGACCCGGCGCCGGCCCGAACCCGCUGGCAGAGCCGUCGGACAUGGCCGGCCGCGGGGGAGGGCCCGCCGGGGGAGGGCCCGGCCACUCGGGGCUCGGCCCGUCCGAGGGCACGGCCCCGCGCUCUCGGACACCGGGGAAGCCAUUGUUGCUGGCCUCACGCUCGCAUGCGUCCCUGCCCCCGGCAUCGGACCCGGCGGCGCCCUCGCCCUCGCGAUCCCUGCCGGCGGCCGCCUCCUCGCCGAUGCUGCUGACUCCCCUGUCGGCGGGUGGGAGUGCCAGCGCCGGCCGGUCGCCCGAGCAGCCGGCCGACAUGGCACUGGUCACCCCUUCGCCGGUGGAGUCGCGCCUCGCGCCCCGGGCUCCGGCCGUUCGGAGUCUCGGCCUGGAUCCCGGCAGCCCGGGGCCCGGGUCAGCCCGGGCCACCCCGGAAUCCGGGUCGCCAGCAUUGUCCGCCUCCCCCUCCACGUCGUCGCUCUCCUCCAUGACCUCCUCCUAUUACAUCCCCCUGUCUUCAUCGCCGAAGAGCGCCAACCAAUUGCUCGGCAGCCUGCCCCGCUAUCCGAAUGUCCGAGGGAGCUGGCACGCCGUGACCCAGGCCUCCGGGCCAUCGGCAUCGGCCGGCGUCCCGGCCAUGCCGGGCGAUCUCGGCCCCGGUCAUGAGGCUGCCCCCGACGGGGCAGCCAUCGCCAAGGGGGCCGCCGAUGCGGCCGAUGCCGCGGCCGAGGCUGCACCCAGGAUCCAGGUCGAGGCCGAGGUCGAGGCCGUCACCGGCCCUCGCAAUGGCGACAUGCCCUCCCCUGGCACUUCGGCCACCGGGGCGCCCGGCGAUCCGGGGCGUCGCCUGCCCGCUCGCCCGGGGCCCGACGAUGUCCAGCAGCAUGACCCUGAGGAGGUGGUCCGGCUACCGUACUUCCCCUCGCCCGGGACCGGGUACGCCGCGCCGCCCGAGGACCACCCCUCGGGCGUGUGCUCCAGCGUGUCAUACUGCCGGGAGUCUGGGCUGAUCUUCCCCCGGCUGGUGGACCACAGCCCGCCGGCCGACGACCUGACCCUCGAGCGCCUGGCGACGCGCCACUCGCCCGAUGGGAGUGGGGCUCUGGUGUGUGUGCACUUCCGGUCCUGGACAUGGGCCGGGUUCCUAGCGGCCCAGUCACGGUCCGGGCCCGGGGUGGCCGCCACCGCGGGCCUGAACACCGCGGCCGAGUCUCCACUGGCGCAUGCAUGCUCCACGGCCCCGGCACACGCGCGUGCCCAUGGUGCGGCCGCGUCGGGUGCCCUGCCGACGGCCGGUAGCCGGCCCGGUAGCAGGGCCUCUCUCGGCCCGACAGGACCUAGCCCCCUGGGGUGGGCCCCAGGCACCGGGGAACUGGGCCCGGGGUCGCGGGGAGCUCGAGCCGAGGCGUCCCCUGGUCACAUUGGCGCAGGCUCGGCCGGCUCGGCCGGCUCGGCCGCCGGCAUCGCCACCGCCACUGGCACCGCCACGACCACGGCCGCGGUUGAUUCGCCGGCUCCCCGGGCGCGGUCGCCCUCCUUCUCGCGCGGGGACUCGCCCUCCCUCGAGCAUUUGGGCUUGGCCGGGACGCCGGUGGUCCUGUCGGCCGCGGCGGCCGUCGCUGCCACGGUCUCCCCCUCGCACAAUCGGUCGACCAGUCUUCCCGGGCUGAUGUUCCGCGCGUCGCCCUUCCUGCCGCCGCUCUUGCCGCCGGCCGACGAUCCCUACUACUCGGCGGCCGCCUUCAUGGCUGCCUCGGCCGGGAGCCCGUAUCCGGCGCUGCAUUCGACGGCGGCGCCGUUGGGCCGCGGAUCGCCGCCGCUGCUCGGGCACCCGCCCGGGGACUUGCCCCCCUCGGCCUUUGGGGUCCUCCCCCGAUCGAUGUCCUUCAGCCCGUCGCUGGACUUCCUUCAGGCCUCCUCCCGCUCGCCGGCCGGUAUCUCCAAUGGACCGCCGGCAUUCGAUGACCCCCGGGCCCCGAUGCACAUGCGCGGCCACAGCUUCGACCAGUCCCGCCUGACACGAGGGCCCGGCUCGAGCCGGCCUCCGAUCCCCCCUUCGUCGUCUUCGCCCUCCGCCUCGUCCUUUGGCCAUGUCGGGCCUGACCGGUGGCGGCUGUCGCCCCUCCCCCCGGGGCCUCCGGACACCGGGGGCCCGAUGCGGCCCGUCCGGUCGGCAUCGCUCACCCGGCGAUCGAGCGCCGGAAAGCACUUUGCCGGGGCCAGUGGCUUCGGGGCGCACCACCACUCCCCGGCCGGGGGGGUGGCGGUCGCGGCUUCCGGCUCGCCCGGCAUGUCCCCGGCGCUGGAUGCCACCACCUCGCCCGGGCCCGCGGCAUCCCCGGUGCCCGAUGGUCCGGCCUCGGGUGCGCCCCCGGCCUCGGGCGCCUCCACUCCAGGCCCCCCCGGCCCCAGUGGCGAUGGCCAUCCCCUGGCCUUGGACUCGUUUGCCAUCGACACGCGGCACUACCAUCGCCGCUUGGGGCAGUGCUCUUCCUCUUCGCUGGUCCUCGACUCGCCGGUAGACUCGUCGCACACCGGGCAAGGUCAGCCGGACCAGCGGCCUGCUCGAGCGGCGCGGCUUGACGAGGACCCGAUGGCCGGCUGGCCUGGCGGCACACUGGCCCCCGCCGGGGCCGAUGCCGAGGAGCACCCCUCGCGCGGGCGGGCGGCCGACGAACUUCAAAGGGCCGUCGCUCGAGCCGAGCAUGCGGCGGCCCUGGCCGCUGCUGCUCGUGAUGAGGCCACCACGACCGGACGCACGGCCGGCCCGGUGGUCGAGUCACUUGGUGUGCUGCCACACGAGGCGGCCACUUUGCCGUUGGAGGAGCUCCUCGAGAUGGAGCUGGUUCUUGGCCACCAGUCGGCCCAGCCGGCAGAGCAUUAUCCCGAGUACGUCAGCCAACAGCAGCAGCAGCAGCUGCUGCAACUGCAGUAUUACCAAGAGUACCACGCCCAACAGCAGCAUCAGCAGCAGCAGCUGCUGCUGCAACAGCAUCUCCCACACCAAUCCCUUCACCCCGAUCAGCAGUGGUACUGGGCCGAUAGACAGGAAGCCGGAGACCCGCAUGGCGGGGCGGACUACGACCCUGGGGCCGAGUACCUCCGGCAGCUGGCCGAAUAUGAGCAGCAUGUUCAGGCCUUGCGGCAGCAACAGUACCUGGAGGCGCUGCAGGCAUCCCUCCAGCAGGAUGGCCCGGUGGAUCCGGCCAUCCUGGCCGCCGCGGCCAACACAUUCCUCCCGGGCUACGAAGGGGCAGCCCCCCCGCCGGGGCCGGCUCCCCAUCUUUAUCAGCAGCAGCAGCAGCAGCAGCAGCAGCACUUUAUGCAUGUUCAGCUGCAACAACAGCAGCAGAUGUUGCUGCUGCAGCAGCAGCAGCAGCUCCAUCUGAUGCAGCAGCAGCAGCUCCACCAAAACCACCUGCUCCUGCAACACCAGCAACAAUACCGUCAGGCCGAACACCCCUGGCCCAAGGACCCUGCAGGCGCUCCGGGCCCUCAUGUGGCCGACCACUCCGAUGGGGUGGAUCCCCAGCAGCACCGGGGUCUUCAUCGUCUGGUUUGA